GUGACUGGUUUCAACCUCUCUUUCUAAACCGUAUCAAAAAAGGGAAGCGCUCAUCUCUUUUUUAAUUAUUUUCUUCUUUUUCUUUAUUCUCAUAAAGACACCAUCUCGAUCCUAGUGAGCAUGUCUUCACCAAGCGAUUCUAAUGGAGGUCUUCAUCGAUCCUUGUCAAGUCAUCUUCAAAAACUCAAUAUGCGUACUGCUUCUGAUAGUAAUAUUCAUAACGCACCUGAUAUUCCCGAGAAAGAUAUUGGACGUAAGAUGACAUCACCUUCAACACAGUCCUCAGGAUCAUUUCUAUCAAGAACAUUGUCUUCUAAGCGUGAUAGAUCCAAUUCAGUCGGAAGAAACCGUCCCUCACCUCCUUUACCCCAUACAACAUCUUCACCACUAUUAAUGCGAGCUCAAAGUGAACGAUCUCCUACAACACAACUACAAAUGAAAUACACACCCCCACAACAACCAGACGAUAGCCUGACUGCACUACAAAACUUGCCUAGUGGUGCAUUUGGUAAAGCAAGAGAUCGAUCCACAUUUAAAGGUGUCUUUGAUAAAUUUGUAGGCAGUUUCAAUGAACUGAUCAAUAAAGACAAACAGUCCAACAAUGAACAAGAAAAAGAAAUGGAAAUUUCAGGUCCAUAUAACGCAAAGCAUGUCACACACGUUGGAUUUGAUUCGAGUACAGGUGAAUUUACUGGUUUGCCUCAAGAAUGGCAGACAUUAUUACAGCACAGUGGUAUUUCUAAAGUGGAACAAUACCAAAACCCACAAGCUGUGUUGGAUGCCAUUGGUUUUUACCAGGAAAAUCGUGACCAUGAUGAAUCUGUUUAUCAUAAAAUGGAAAGAGCCCACGCGUUAAACGAUGAUUUACCAAGCAAUAAAAACUUGACUCCGCAACAUGAAGAAGAAGAAGAAGACUAUGAAGAAAACAUGCCUUCAAGAUUACCUGAAUACAAGAAACCAUCUCUUUCACCACAAGAACAAUUGUACCACCUUCAACAACAAAAACAACAACAAUAUGAACAAUAUCAACGUCAAUUACAGCUACAGUUACAACAAGAACGUCUAUUGUAUGAGAGUGCAUCUCCUUCUUCUCAUGCUGCCCGGGAUUAUGAUAUUAAGCGUAAAUUGAGUGCUAAACAACGUGAAAGACAAGAAUCUCCUUCUCUUGCUCAAAAAUCACCACCUAUGAUGUCUCAACAGUCUUCAUUAACAGGUUCACCCGGUACUGUCAAACAACGUGUCAAGGAACGCAAACACCAAAUGAAAGAUGCUGAAGUGGUUGCCAAAUUACGCACUAUCUGUACAGAAGCUGAUCCUAGUCUUGUCUAUCGAAAUAUGCGUAAAAUUGGUCAAGGUGCUUCAGGCGGUGUCUAUAUUGCUUAUUCAGAUGCCAGUGAUUUCCCUGUGGCUAUCAAACAAAUGAAUUUGGAACAACAACCCAAGAAAGAACUGAUUAUCAAUGAAAUCUUGGUCAUGAAGGAAAGCAAACACAAGAAUAUUGUUAACUUUAUUGACUCCUAUUUAUGGCGUGGUGAUCUUUGGGUGAUUAUGGAAUAUAUGGAAGGAGGCAGUCUGACGGACGUAGUCACAAACAACAUGAUGAUGGAAGGACAGAUUGCUGCUGUUUGUCAUGAAGUAUUAGAAGGCCUUCAACAUUUACAUUCAAAGGGCGUUAUUCAUCGUGAUAUCAAGAGUGACAAUAUUUUAUUGAGUUUAUAUGGUGAUAUCAAACUAACUGAUUUUGGUUUCUGUGCACAAUUGAAUGAAAUGCAAUCCAAGCGUACUACUAUGGUGGGCACACCUUAUUGGAUGGCUCCUGAAGUAGUGACACGUAAAGAAUAUGGGCCAAAAGUAGAUAUUUGGUCUUUAGGUAUUAUGGCUAUUGAAAUGGUAGAAGGAGAACCACCUUAUUUGAAUGAAAAUCCUUUACGUGCUCUUUAUUUGAUUGCCAACAAUGGUACACCCAAACUUCAAAAUCCAGAAGCACUUUCACCUGUAUUUAGAGACUUUUUAGCUAAAUGUUUAGAGGUCGAAGUGGACAAAAGACCUUCUGCUUCAGAAAUCUUGCAACAUCCCUUUUUACGCUUAGCUGAUCCUUUACCUUCUCUUGCUCCUCUUAUUCGUGCAGCUCGUGAUGCUGUUAGAAGAGAGGAAUAAUAAUAAAAAUUAUUUAAUACUCUU